GUCAAAAACCAGGUGGCACUUGUUGAACCAGCAGCAGCCCAGGGAACAACGGCUGCUGGAAGCUGGACCUCAGCCACCCUGUUUACCUAUCACGGCAGCACCCGUUUGCUGAUACAGACCUGUUGCCCUCGGAGCUGGCCUUCCAUGUGGCCUCCCCAAGACCACUCAGAUAAUGAGAGGAAAUACGGUCAUCAGCUUAGGAAGGCUGGGGGUUCCGGACUGCAGCUGCAAGUCCUCCCCCCCACCCCCCGCCUCCCUGACCGGCGCCCUUCACCUCUCUGCAGUCAGUCCUCAAUGUUCCCUGUGAGCCUGCGGAUGCCACUCGAGAUGGCCCCUUUUGGUGGCUGGGGAACGCUCGCAGCCUUUCUCUCCCUGCUCUGCUGCCGAGGGUCUGGUGAGAAGGCGUUCGAGGGGCCAGAGCGACUGAUGGUGGGGUCUGGAGAGUUUCAGUUCAUUAACUGUACUGCCAGUUGUACGGACCCCAAGAGACUUGUUCUGGAGACGGCCCUAAACAAGACUGUCCUGGAGAGCCAGGCUCAGUGGAAGCUGUUCAAGGUCUACAACGUCUCCAAGGAUGAGGAGCUCCUGUGCAGUUCCACCUGUGGUGGCAAGCAGGAGACGAAACUUUUCCACAUCACCGUGUUCUACCCUCCAAAGCAAGUGCUGCUGACGCUGUCGCCCACCUCAGUGGCCGUAGGGAUGCUGUUCACCAUCGAGUGCAGGGUCCCCGCUGUGGCCCCCCUCGAAGGUCUCACUGUCACCCUGCUCCAUGGUACUGACAUCUUGUGCAAUCAGACCUUUGUGGGGACAGCACUUUCCCCCCAAGAUGCCGUGGUCACCCACAACACCACAGCUCACAGGGAAGACGGCCUGUAUAACUUCUCAUGCGAGGCCCAGAUGGAUCUGCGCUCUCGCGGCGGUGGCCUCGUCCACAGGGUCUCAGAUCCCCAGAGGCUUGAAGUCAAAGAGCCCGAGCCCAACAACCAGAUGGUGAUCAUCGCGAUCGUCAUAGUGCUGCUGCUCCUGUUUGUGACAUUUGUCCUCCUGUGCUUUGCCUUCGGCCAGAAGUGGUUCCGGGGGCGGACAGGUCAUUACCGUGUGCACGCCACUUGGAGGAGGCUGAUAGGGAGCCACCGGGCACCGCGUGUAUGAGCGGCGUGGCCACUGGCACGGCGGCCACUGGAACUCACUGUGGCUCCUUAGGGUGCGGUCCAGGCCUGGCUGGGGGACCAAGGCAAACAGCCUGAAUACAAACACCUGGACUUAAC